AUGGCUCUUCUGAAUUAUGUUUGGUAGGCAAACAUCAAUCUCCCAUUGACAUUAUCCCAACCGAUUAUUCUAAAUCACAAAUCCCUCCUCCGUCUGAUGUUCGAGUUAAAGAUGUUGAGGAGGCAGAAUUAGCUCAUAUUGUGACCACGCUUGAGGUAGCUCCUUGCAAGGAAGAAGAGGGCAAAGAAGGAGAAGGAGAAGCGUUUUUCCCUGCUGAAUUUAAAAUUGGAGAUGAAACUUUUAAACUACUCCAAUUCCAUUUUCACACACCCUCAGAACAUCGUUUUGAUG